UUUUGGGUUAGUUGAAAGUGUGACAUUCGAGGCGUUCCUGCGAAUCUCCGAAGCGAUCUCUUUUUGUGAUUCUCAGCUGUGUUCCUCAAAUUAUUCUUGCAUCUGAUUUUUUCUCAAUCAAAAUGAGGUUCGAAAAGAACCACAGUGCUUUUGUACUGCUUGGCCUCUGCGCUUUCGUAGCGGCAGCCAGUGCUCAACUUCAAAACCACCACUUUUGGAAAACCAUCGCAAAUGGAAUGCAGAAGGACAUCGAGGCGGCCCACCAAGACUUCAUGGACUUGUUCGCUCAACCCUCGGACGUGAAACCCAAAGUCGAGGCCUCGCCUGCGACGAGCAGCGAAGAGAAACCCACCGCCUCAGCGCCCUCUGCCACCGAUGUCGCAACCACCAACGACACCAGGUCCACCGAGAAUGACUCCAGCGAGGAGGACAUCUCCGGAGAGACCGAGAUGGAACUCUUCAAGAAAGUGUUUGGCAGGCCCAUUCCAAGUCUAUUCAGCCUUUUGAAUCAGAUGUCUCCCGCUAAACAAUGGUGGCAAGGUGAGCAUGUAUGUGUUAACCGUGAAGAGAAAGUGGAUCAGAAGAAAGAAGCUGAGGCAGAUAACCCUGUCAAUCAGUUCUUCCUAAUCGGUUCUUCACAAUUGUCAAGUUGCAGACACACACCAAACAAAUACAUUUGCACAACAACCACACGAUCUCCAGGACUAUCCAAAAUUGUCACUGUUACCUAUGAAUGUUGUCAUGGUUACCGACGCAUUGACCGGACCAAAGGAUGCGUUAAAGUGGAUUUGAAAGAAGUUACCGAAGUUUUAAGCGAAGCAGGUGCCAGCACCUUCGGCGAAGUUCUCAAGAAAAACAACAUGCAAAAGAAAUUCAGCAACGAAAAUGUAACCUGGUUCAUCCCUGCUGAUGAUGUCUUCAAGCCAUCUGACGCUCAACCUGCAUCUUCUGAAACAAACGAAAAUGAGUUAAGAAAGAAGAGGGUGGAUGAUGACACAAAUGAAGUUCCUAGUCAACCAACUCCAAGACCUGUUGUUGAUGUAAGAAGUAUCUCCGAUGAUGUUGUCAUGGCCAGUGUUGCCAAGGGUUUGAUCGAUGUCAAUGAUGUUAACAAUGAACAGGUAAUUGAAUCCGAAGACAAAAGGUCCAAGCUUCGCAUGAAUGUUUACCCUGGUGAAACCGAGCCAAUUGUAACUGUCAACUGCGCACGCAUCAAGUCUCCAAACCACUUAGGAAACAACAGCAUGGUUCACAUUGUCGACAGGAUGCUAUAUCCUGUGGAGAAAACCCUGAAGCAACUCAUCAUCGAAAACAAACAAUUAUCGCAAUUCAAACAGAUGUUGGAGAAAUCUGGAGAUUUGAACAAGCUGGAAGAAGAUGGUCAUUUCACUGUUUUUGCCCCAAGCAACACUGCUUUUGACAAGCUAGAUGCUGGAUUAAGGUCUAAAUACUUGCGUGGUCAAGCUUGUGCAAACAGUGUCGCCCGCCAUCACCUCAUUCCACACUCAAUCUGCUCUGCAGCUAUCGUCAGUGACCGACGCUUGUCCACCCGUGACAUCAGUGGAGAUUGGUUAGCUCUCGAGCGCACUGAUGAUAACAACCUUCUAAUUGGCAACAAAGCUCAUGCCGAAGUUAUUGACUUGGUUGGCACCAAUGGAGUCCUGUAUGUCAUCAAUAAAGUGCUUGCUCCAUCAUCAGCACAAGCAAUGAGCCAAAUGCUAUCUAGUGGCAACCACACGACAUUCCUAGAUCUAGUCAACAAAGCUGGAUUGAUGAGCAUGCUGGAUGACUCACGCAACACAACUAUUUUCGUUCCCUCCGAGAAGGCUCUGGAUGAUGCCAAACCUCUUCUAGAAGGAAUGGACACACAAGCCUUGAAGGAUACUUUACUGUACCACAUGACUAGUAAACCUGUUUUAUCAUGCGAUAUGUCUGAUGACAUGAGCUUAGAAACCUCUUUACCAGGAAAGAAACUGCAUCUCAACCUUUACAACUCUUUGCCUCUUUUCUCAGUAUUUGACCAAACUGCAACUGUUCAAUGUGCUCGAGUACUAAGUCAUGACAUGAAAGCUUGUGAGAGCUAUGCUCAUGAAAUCGACAAGGUCAUGAUCCCACCAAAACAGACUGUCCUCGAAACAUUAGCUGAAAAUCAAAACUUAAGUGCCUUCAACAGUGUUUUGAAAGACACAAAAUUAGAGAAAGAAAUUCAGGAAGGAACAUUCACUGUCUUAGCCCCAUCCAAUAGUGCAUUUGAAAAACUACCCGCUGAAACCAUGGAGAAAUUAAAGAAAGAUAAAGAAUUCGCAGAUGAAGUUCUGCGGAAGCAUGUCCUCACUGACUCACUCUGUUGCUCAGGCAUUGGUAUGAGUGGGUGGAUCUUCACCAACCAUGUUUCAACACUCGCAGGCCGAGCCAUGGAAGUUAAACGAGAUGGCUCUGGAAGUGUCCUAUUUGGACCAAUGAAGGCUGUGCAAUGUGAUAAUACAGCAACUAAUGGACUAAUUCAUGUUGUUGAUAAGGUAAUGGUUCCAUCUGGAUUCAAAAACACAGGUGUCAAAUUUAUUGAUCAAAACGGUUCAGAGGUGCUCUUGUUUGGUAUCUAAGUUGUGAAACUCAAAUGUGAUUACUAAAUUUUUUAAUAUGACAUGUUAGUGAUUUGUUAAUUUUAUAAUUAAGUGUUUCCUCUGUCUUUUUUAAAGUUUUUUAUCCACGAAACCAAUCUCCAUUGAUAUUAGAUGUCUAAACUGAUUAAAUUAUAGAUAGUUUUAGUGCAACACUUUCUCUCACAUGGAUCUUUACCCUUCCUCCGGAUUUUUGAUCUGUUAUGUUUUAUUUAUUUUUAAUGGUUAACAUAGUCUGUAAGUACCUUCCAGAACAUAUCUCAAUCAUAGUUCUUUCAAUUUUCAUGUUUCGUGCAAUCAGCAGUGGCCUGUUUCUUUCCUAGACUAGGGUAGUACAAUAUCAAAACCAAUCUUUUUCUACGCAAUUAAAAUGAAUUUUGGAAUACGUAUGUAAGUAAAUUCUGAUACUCAUAAUUUAGUCUCGCAACACUGUUCACUUCUGCAACUCCAAAUACUAACUUAAAAGACGCUCUGUAUUUUUAUAAGUUAAAAGACAAUAUUCCUGUAAGCGAUUUGUUUUUGUAUCUCAAAAUUGUAUUAUCGGUCAAAAGUUGUAAAUUACAGUACCUAUGUAAAUAUAUCAUAAUUAUUUUUAA